CCAGGGGGGGAUACAGGGGCGGGGAGGUUCUGAGUUCUGACUCACUGCAUGCUGCCGUGAAACUAUCAGAGUGCUGCUGACGUCACAGCUCCUCGUUAACGUUGCGUGGAUUAAUGUGCGUAAAAGAGUUUUAAUGUUGUGAGUAACUGUAAUAACACGAGACAGAUGAGGUCCCGCCUCUGCUCCAGGAGAGCCAAUCAGAUUGAGGGCGAGGAGCGGGAUUCUUCAGCAGGACUUCAGGGCUGGAGGACUGCUCCCUGUAAGCAUCCACGAUGCCGGUCAUAAAUGUAGACGACCUGACGGACAAGGACAAGGCUGUGAUGGAAGUAAACCAACUUAAAAAUGAAGUGAAACUUGAGAGGUGGCUGACAUCUAAAUGCUGUGAGGAACUCAAGGACUACAUUCAGGCCGGAGAGGAGGAGGACAUCCUCGUAAAAGGCAUCCCAGAGGACAAGAACCCCUUCAAGGAGAAAGGUGGCUGUGUCAUCUGCUAGACGGGACCUGAGGAGCUUUUCAUAUCUCAGAUUAGCACCCGAGGACAUUCUCUCUGCUCCCGCUCAAUGGAUUUGCAGACCGAGAAGACUAGAAGGACACAAUAAAGAAAGAAUUUGUAAAACUUCACCAGUCCCUUUGUAAAUGAUUCCCCCAUCGUGUGACCCGAUUUGUAGCUUUCAAACUUUGCUCUUUGAAAAGACGCAAUAAAUAAGAGUUGUUUUGGGCACCAGUUACAUAAUGCCUCUCUCAUGUGGUGUGUAGUCUGAGAAACGGCUCGUACUGUUGUUUCAA